AAUGAACGCUGCGAUUGAUAUUUAAAAACCAGACAGUCUGACAUCAAGUUAUUUACCUCAGCAUGCUGUGGUGAUUAUAAUCCUUUCUGUCUGUUGUUGGAAAUCUAAUCCAAGAUGGGAAAAGGCAAAAAGUCGACCAAACAAAGACCUGUGGAAGGCAGUGUGAAGGAGAAAGCUGAAGUGGCUAAAGAAAACAAACACGGAAAGACACCGACAAGCCCGGGUCAGCUCACCAUACACAGCUGUCUGAAUCCAAACAAGCCGCUUCGGAGUAACCCACUCGCCCCUUUAUUACACGACAAUUCUGCGGCGGACACGAGCAAACAGAGUGAAGUCAAAGAUGCAGAUGAGCAGAAUACACCCAAACAAGGAAACGCUGACAAACAGAUCCUGAACUGCUCACACAAUGAUCCGACUGUUCCUCAGAAAGAUUCUGGGACAAAGAAGCAAACAAAAUCUGGGAAAAGAAUAAAUGGUGAAAAGUCAACAGACAGGAAAUUGAAAGGCAAAGAGUCUGAACUCAAUCGAAAGGUCACAGAUUAUUUUCCUGUCAGGCGAAGUUGCAGGAAGAGCAAAGCCGAGUUGAAGUGUGAAAAGCAGCGGCACAUUGAUGAUCUGAUCAGAAACGGUGUGGAAGAGGGGCUGAAGGUGAAGUGUAUCGAAGGGAAAGGAAGAGGGAUUUUUGCAGACAGAUCGUUUCAGAAAGACCAGUUUGUAGUGGAGUAUCAUGGAGAUUUGUUAGAGAUUUCUGAUGCCAAAGCAAGAGAGUCUCAAUACGCUCAAGACCCCUCGACGGGCUGCUACAUGUACUAUUUCCGCUACCACGACAAAACCUACUGUGUUGACGCUACCAAAGAAACCAACCGUCUGGGCCGACUAAUCAACCACAGUAAAAAUGGAAAUCUUCAGACCAAACUGCAUGAUAUAAACGGCACGCCUCACCUCAUCUUCCUGGCCUCCAGAGACAUCGAGGUGGACGAGGAGCUGCUGUAUGAUUAUGGUGACCGCAGUAAAGAAGCCAUCGCUGCUCAUCCGUGGCUCAAGAACUGAUUCGCUCUCACUGGAGCGGUGUUUGCUGAUGGAGUAGUGUAAUCUAGACGUACAGUGACAUGUGACAUGUCUGAGUUGACUGGACAGAUGGUACCAUAAAAUGAAUUGUAUUGUCUUAUGAAAGUUUAGUUUUUAAAUGAAUACAUCUUGGGUUAAAGCUGAAUGAUGUGAAACUUUUUAAGCUAAUUGUCUAACCACUUAAUGGUUGGGGAAAGUUCACUCAAAUUAAAUUUACUCACUCAUGUUGCUCCAAACUUUCAGGACUUGCUUUUCUUCAGAAGAACACAAACUAUUUUGAAGAAUGUUUUAGCUUAAAGAAUGUUUUAGCUGUUUUUGUCAAACUUUCAAGCUUCAAAAAGGAUCAUGUGUGUUUUGCACAGGAAAGAUCAAUGUAUAUGUUUGGAAGGACAUGAGGGUGAGUAAAGGACAACAGAUUCUCAUUUUCGGUGAACUAUUAGUUUUAAUGAGUAACAUUAGAAUAUCAAUCUCUGACUUUAAUGAUAAGAGAGACGGGUAUAGUCACUGUACAUUUGUUAAGGCAAGUUGUUUGUGAAGCAAUUAAAAAAAAUUUUUUUUUA